CUAACUCUGGGAUCUUUGGGAGUGGGGUGGGGGGAGUUCAAAGGUGUGAGCUCUCUCCCCCCCCCCCCUAUAGAUCCACCUCUUGGUUUCCACUGGUUGUUUCCUCCCCACGUGGAAAGAAGAGGGGGGAGAAACCCCAACCCAGCACCGGAUCUUCGCGCCAGUCUUCUGCCGCAUUCGCUCUUGCAACGGAUCAGACCCUACGAGGAGCAUCGCCGCCAGCACCAUGGCUACCGUCCCGGCGCCCCAUGAUGAUUCCAGCAGCGAGAUGGACCCAUUUACCUAUGACUACGACACACUGCGUACAGUUGGGAUGGUCUUAGCGAUCUGCAUGUUCGUGCUGGGCAUUGUGAUAGCAUUGAGUAAGAAAUGCAAGUGCAAAAAAUCGGACCCCAGCCUUUCAGACCCCAGGGAAGCAGGCAAGACCUCCACUCCAGCUGGCAGCGUGUAGAUGCCAUCGCCAAGACGUGCUGCUCCCUACUGGCUGGGGGAUGAACUGCGCCUAGGAUCUUUCUCCUGAGACCUUGGCCCCGGCCGCCCGGGAAGGGAGGGGCUCUCCGUUUUAUCCUCUACAAAAAAACACACACACACACACAAAAAGGAGGGGCAAUUUUAUAACCAGUUAGCUCUUUGCGCGCUUCCAUUGCAUGAUGGGGCAGGCAUCCGGGAGGGUCAGGUGCUACACGGGCCAUUGGGGCAGUGCUGUCCCACUGCCUGUCAGUUUCUACUAGCACCCGCCCUGCUAGGGGGCUGGUUCCUGUAGUCCCCUACCCGCAAAAGUCUCUUACACUGCAAUAACGUUGCCUGCUGCCACCCUCCAGAAAUACAUCCACAAGGAUGCCCGACUGAUGGGCAAAAGUAACCUUCCAUUGCUGCUGCUAUGCUGCUUUCGAUGCCCCCCCCCCUGCUGAGCUGCAAAGCCAAAUGGCCCCAACAGCCUCUGGGGAAGCUCUCCAAAUAGUUGCCCUGUCCCUCUGGCAGGGGAGGCAUCGGGUCACCUCUAGGCCAGGGAUAGAGGCCGGCCUAGGAAUCCGAAUGAGGGAGAGCAUGCUUUUUUGAAAUGUUCUCCACUGCCUCCAGGUGGCGCUGCCCACAGCUCUCUCUGCUCUUUACCAUCCCCCCCCUCUCCGUGUCUUUCAUCCACGCAUGGAGCAAAAUUUGACCGAUCAAUAAAUGUGGGGUUUUCUAACUUA